AUGACCUCUUACAGUCUCACACUCGUUCUCACCUUCCUUCUCCCCCUGUUCCACCUCGUCUUCGCACAGUCCCCGGAAGCGAUCUACGACGGCGGAAUUGCCAACACCACGAGUGGCAACAGCACCGUCGGCCUUCGUAUCGGCAACGGCGGCGCGGGUCAGAGCGGUCUCGUCAAAGUGCUCGCGGACAAGUUCAUCUCCGAAAGUGUCGCCAACGGCUCGUCUCCCUUCACUGUCGCGUGGUACGUCUCGGACACGACGUACAGCAUCGAAUACCUUGCGUCUGGCAUUCUGGACGUCGGGAUCACCUACUCCUUUGCGGCAGAGAAGAUCGCCAUUCAGCGCGGCAUAGCGACCGACCCGCCCUACUAUGCAUUCCGGGACCACUUCCUGCUCGUCGGCCCGCAGUCGAACCCGGCCAACCUGAACGAGACCUCAGACAUCAGCACAAUGUUUGCAGACCUGCACGAAGCGGCCGAGGACAAGAGCAAGAACGGCACCGUCCGCUUCCUGUCCCGCUUCGACAAGUCUGCGACCAACAUCAAGGAGUCGGCCCUGUGGACGGGCAUCGGGCAGGUGCCCUGGGCCAACACCUACUCGAAGUGGUACCACCAGUACGUCGCCUUCCCCCUGCAGGCGCUCGAGGCCGCAAUCAAGCUCGGCGAGUACACCAUAACGGACCGCGGGACGCUGCUCUCCCUCGACGCUGGGAUUGCGAACAAGACCCGCAUCUUCAAGGCUGGAAGCGACGAGGCCGACGACCCGCUGCUGAACCCUGCAAGAGUGCUUGUCGGCGCCAAGGCGCCCAACCCCGAUCGCGCAAAGCAGUCCGCACAGUGGGUCACUGGGCCCAGCGCGCAAAAGGCCAUCACGGGGUUCAAGAAGAAUGGUCAGCAGCUCUACACGGGUGCUCCCUAA